GCGCGCCGGGAGGAAGGGGCGUGUCCGUAAGCUCCACGCAUGCGCAGCGCGCGGUGGGGGGGCCGUUGGGCGCCGGGGGGAGUGGAGCAUGAAUGGAGCAAAAUGGCGGAUCAUGUGCAGAGCCUAGCCCAGCUAGAGAACCUGUGCAAGCAGCUGUAUGAGACCACGGACACCGCGACACGACUGCAGGCAGAGAAAGCCUUGGUUGAGUUCACCAACAGCCCCGACUGCCUGAGCAAGUGCCAGCUGCUUCUGGAAAGGGGGAGUUCUUCCUACUCCCAGUUACUGGCAGCUACAUGCCUUACGAAACUUGUAUCACGCACAAACAACCCUUUACCGUUGGAACAACGAAUAGAUAUUCGGAACUAUGUGCUCAACUACCUUGCCACCAGGCCAAAGUUGGCAACGUUUGUCACACAGGCACUAAUCCAGUUAUAUGCCAGGAUCACAAAGUUGGGCUGGUUUGACUGUCAGAAGGAUGAAUAUGUCUUCAGGAACGUGAUCACGGAUGUCACAAGGUUUUUACAGGAUAGUGUAGAGCACUGCAUCAUAGGAGUGACAAUCCUGUCCCAACUAACUAAUGAAAUUAAUCAAGUAAGUGCUACAGCCUUCCUCAGUGAAGCGGAUACUACUCAUCCACUGACGAAGCACAGGAAAAUAGCCUCAUCCUUCCGAGAUUCGUCUUUAUUUGAUAUUUUCACACUAUCAUGCAAUUUACUGAAACAGGCUUCUGGGAAGAACCUGAAUCUGAACGAUGAAAGCCAGCACGGGCUACUCAUGCAGCUCCUCAAGCUGACCCAUAAUUGCCUGAACUUUGAUUUCAUUGGCACAUCGACAGACGAGUCCUCAGAUGAUCUUUGCACUGUGCAGAUCCCAACCAGUUGGAGAUCAGCAUUCUUGGAUUCUUCAACGCUUCAAUUGUUUUUUGAUCUCUACCAUUCCAUCCCUCCUUCGUUUUCUCCUCUGGUGUUAUCCUGCUUAGUGCAGAUAGCCUCUGUGCGUAGAUCCCUCUUCAACAACGCAGAAAGAGCGAAGUUUUUAUCUCAUCUUGUGGAUGGAGUUAAACGAAUACUGGAAAACCCACAGAGUUUGUCAGACCCAAACAACUACCAUGAGUUCUGCCGAUUGCUGGCCCGGUUGAAAAGCAAUUACCAACUGGGAGAGCUGGUGAAGGUGGAGAACUACCCCGAGGUCAUCCGACUCAUUGCCAACUUCACUGUCACCAGUCUGCAGCACUGGGAGUUUGCUCCCAACAGCGUUCACUAUCUCCUAAGCCUGUGGCAGCGACUGGCUGCGUCAGUGCCCUACGUUAAAGCCACAGAGCCUCACAUGCUCGAAACCUACACCCCAGAAGUCACAAAAGCUUACAUCACAUCCAGGCUGGAGUCUGUGCACAUCAUCUUAAGGGAUGGUUUGGAGGAUCCACUGGAUGACACUGGCCUGGUGCAACAGCAGCUGGAUCAGCUUUCCACCAUCGGCCGGUGUGAAUAUGAGAAGACCUGUGCUCUGCUCGUGCAGCUCUUCGACCAGUCGGCCCAGUCCUAUCAGGAGUUGCUGCAGAGUGCCACUGCCAGCCCCAUGGACGUGGCUGUACAGGAAGGGCGCCUGACGUGGCUCGUCUAUAUUAUCGGGGCGGUGAUUGGCGGUAGGGUCUCGUUUGCCAGCACGGAUGAGCAGGAUGCGAUGGAUGGCGAGUUGGUUUGUCGAGUGUUGCAGUUGAUGAACCUGACGGACUCCCGUCUGGCGCAGGCUGGGAAUGAGAAGCUGGAGCUCGCCAUGCUCAGCUUCUUUGAGCAGUUCCGGAAGAUCUAUAUCGGAGAUCAGGUGCAGAAGUCUUCCAAGCUGUACCGCCGUCUCUCAGAGGUCCUGGGGCUGAAUGAUGAGACCAUGGUCCUCAGCGUCUUCAUAGGAAAAAUCAUCACCAACUUGAAGUACUGGGGUCGAUGCGAGCCGAUCACCUCCAAGACACUGCAGCUACUCAAUGACCUCUCCAUUGGGUACAGCAGUGUCAGAAAGCUGGUAAAGCUGAGCGCCGUACAGUUCAUGCUGAACAAUCACACGAGUGAGCACUUUUCCUUUUUGGGCAUUAACAAUCAGUCCAACCUGACUGACAUGAGAUGUCGGACUACGUUCUACACUGCACUUGGGCGUCUUCUCAUGGUGGAUUUAGGGGAAGAUGAGGAUCAGUACGAGCAGUUCAUGCUUCCCCUCACCGCUGCCUUUGAGACUGUGGCACAGAUGUUCAGCACAAAUACUUUCAAUGAACAAGAGGCAAAAAGAACUUUGGUUGGCCUGGUGAGAGAUUUGAGGGGAAUAGCCUUUGCAUUCAAUGCCAAGACCAGCUUCAUGAUGCUGUUUGAGUGGAUCUACCCAUCCUAUAUGCCCAUCCUGCAGCGGGCAAUUGAACUCUGGUACCAUGACCCGGCCUGCACUACGCCUGUCCUCAAACUGAUGGCUGAGCUGGUACAUAACAGAUCUCAGCGGCUGCAGUUCGAUGUGUCCUCACCGAACGGCAUCCUGCUUUUCCGAGAAACGAGUAAAAUGAUAACUACUUAUGGAAAUCGUAUCCUAACGCUUGGGGAGGUCCCAAAGGAUCAAGUCUAUGCCUUGAAGCUCAAGGGGAUUUCCAUCUGCUUCUCUAUGCUGAAGGCUGCACUGAGCGGGAGCUACGUCAACUUUGGGGUCUUCCGUCUCUACGGGGACGAUGCACUGGACAAUGCCUUGCAAACUUUUAUCAAGCUUCUGCUUUCCAUCCCUCACAGUGACCUUCUGGAUUAUCCCAAGCUCAGCCAGUCAUACUAUUCCUUGCUGGAAGUUCUCACCCAGGACCACAUGAACUUUAUAGCCAGUCUGGAGCCUCAUGUAAUCAUGUAUAUUCUCUCUUCCAUUUCAGAAGGCCUCACUGCACUAGACACCAUGGUUUGCACAGGCUGCUGCUCCUGUCUGGACCACAUCGUCACCUAUCUCUUCAAGCAACUCUCCCGCAGCACCAAGAAGAGGACCACACCGCUGACCCAGGAGAGCGACCGGUUCCUGCACAUCAUGCAGCAGCACCCAGAGAUGAUUCAGCAGAUGUUGUCAACAGUGCUGAACAUCAUCAUUUUUGAGGACUGCAGGAACCAGUGGUCAAUGUCCCGGCCUCUACUUGGCUUGAUACUGCUCAAUGAAAAGUAUUUCUCUGACUUGAGGAACAGUAUAGUGAACAGCCAGCCUCCGGAGAAACAGCAGGCAAUGCAUCUCUGCUUUGAGAACCUCAUGGAAGGCAUCGAACGCAACCUCCUAACCAAGAACAGGGACAGGUUUACACAGAACCUGUCGGCGUUCCGGCGAGAGGUGAAUGACUCCAUGAAGAACUCCACCUACGGCGUGAACAGCAAUGAUAUGAUGAGCUGACGUCUCCCAACUCCACCUGUACAGAGCAGCAUCUCUUUGGCCUGGCCCAGAGGGGUUACCGUUUCCGAUGGAAAGAAAAGAGGGCCUUUCUAAAUCCCUGCUCUUCCCCAGGGGCUGGAUUUGCGGCGCUCACUUUGGGCCAUACUCCACGUCCUGAGGGAGGAGGGAACAGGAGGGGUUGUUGAGCUCAGCGGGGCAGGGUGCUUCUGUUUCCGUGGGAGGGGGUGGAAGGGCAUAAAAGCCAGGUGCAAGAAUCCAGCGUCUCCCUACCCGAAUAUCCGCGUGGAACGCCAGCGCUCUGCUGCAGCCCUGCCUUGUAUAAACAUGUACAUUUUUUCAUAACAUUUUGAACAAGGUUUAUAUUGACUCAGUUUAAAAAAAAAAAAAACAGCACAAAAAAAUAGAAAAAAAAAAAAACACACGAAAAAAAAUAAGCGUGAUUGACAUUUUUACCGAGUCCUGGUGCAGCGGUGCUGGCGUGAGGGUUGCGAAUGCGAGCGAGGAAAGCGUGUCCUACAGGGCCUGAAGCUUUACUUGGGCGAGGGGUGGGUGUGUGAAAGUGCAGAGAUUUAUUUAGUGACAAAGUGUAGAGAGAAGCAAGAAAAGAAAAAGACAAAAAAAUCAACAACAAAAAAAAGAAGCAUUGUAAAGUUCCAAAUGUAUAUUUUUUCUUAUUAAGCCCCCUUGAAAUCACGACUUCUCCCCCCUUCCCGCCUCGCCCUUGUUAUUAGGAACUCGAAGCCAUGCCGCGUGCUCUCGUUCGUGCUUGCUCGUGGGUGUCUCUCUCCUUUCCCCACCGUCCCCUUGUCAACCCGCUUCUGGCAGGACCCUCCAUCCUUCCUUCCCGCCUGUGGGUGCCCAGUGGUACUCGCUUCCUCUCUGCCUUCUCCUUUUAUCUUCCUUUUUCACCCCAUUUCAGCAGAGCAGGGAGUGCGUGUGGGACCUUCCCCGGGACCUCGCAGCAGGACCGCGGAAGGAUUCUUAAUAACAAGGUUUGCUUAGCAUGAAGUACUUAAACACCCCUUGAAAAUGAUUCCACUUUCUCCUAAGGCACCGUAAUUAAUGUUUUGGAUUAAAAAUUGACUCCCAGAGGAAAGCUGAGGGGGGAGGGAACCUCUUUGCCUUGUACUUUACCCACUAUCGUUGCUGCUAGUCGUGUGCAUCCCCUUGCUCAGCUCUACCUACAGCCACUCAGUCCUGUCCUUAGGGCUUCAAUUUCUUUCCCAGACACCACCUUAACUCUUUUAAUUUUAUUUUAUUUCCCCUUUUCUUUUUCUCUUUUUU